GACAGGCAAGCGAGGUUGAUAGAUUUCGAGCGCUGAAAAUUGUGAUGUAAAACGAGAAAAUAAAUGUUUACUGGCCAUCAUGGCGAAUCCAAGGAAAUUUAGUGAAAAAAUAGCCCUCCACAAUCAAAAGCAGGCUGAAGAAACAGCCGCUUUUGAGAAAAUAAUGCGCGAAGUUUCCGACGCAACUAAUAAGCCUGAGGAGGCAACGCUUGCUACACAAUAUGGUUUGGGUGGGGGCCGUAGUGGCGGGGCUUCCCCGUCUCGGUCUCCGGGGCAGCGUGGGCGGGCUUCAUCGUCAGUGGGCCCGAUGCGCCGCCCCGCGGAUCGAAAGCAUGACACCAGCCCUUACGGCAGCACUGUGUAUUUAAGCCCACCAUCAGAUAGCAACUGGAGGCGUACUAAUUCAGAUUCGGCGUUGCACCAAUCGUGCACGGGCGAACAACCAGCGACUGCGCAACCCCUCUCCCCCCACCACCCGCUACACUCACAUGCACAUCCUCAUCUACACCCACAUCAGAACCACCGCAGAACUGCUGACAUGCAUUUAGAUGUACUUGCGACAUUAGGUAUGAGUCCAACGAAUCGGCCGCGAUCGUCGUGUGAAAUACCCAGGAUACCAAACAACAACAAUGUGUACGAGAGCGGGGGGGACGGUGGGGGAGGCGGCGGGGGAGGGCUGGGCGCUCAGCUGUCGUGCGGUGAACAGAAGAUGCCAUGCGGCUCACUACCAAACCUCACCUCAGUGCAUUUCCCACCGCCCCACCAUCUACCGCAUAGGACCUCGCCCGACUACAAUCAACCUAGAUAUGAAUGGUUUCCGUCGCAGAGUCCUACCUCGCCCGGCGCGGUUUCGCCGGGUGGUGGCAGCGUAUCGCCGGCGACGGGCGGUUUGUCGCCCGCGUCCGGCUCGCCUGUGGGCGCGACUGUACCUCUACCGUCGACCUUACACCAUCAGUACGAUCACACAUCCUCGCUCUACGAUACACAAAACAUGUCACCGUUAGAUCAGAAUUGGAUCACGUCGUCAGGUUACCAAUCUCACUGUAGUCCGCCCUCUCAAUAUUCCUCGACGUCCAAUAUCAACAUACCUUCUCCGACGAUGGUGCACAGUCCUGGCAGCCCAGUGGAGUCACCGCAAACAGACUACAAUUUCCAUCAAGUGUUACUACAGCCAUUCGAACAAAUCACUAUGAUGGACCAGCCCGUAUCUAAUUACAACACUACAUAUAUCAAUCACAGUUCACCGCACUCUCCGCAGACAACGAAUACGCCGCAUACGUACUCCCAGGCAUCAGCGACGGCGGGUACGACGGACAGUAGACGGGGCGCGCGGGACCCCGUUCCGGGAGGCGGAGGAUUUGCGGCGCUACAGCCGCUCGCCUCGCCCCCUGCGCCCCCCACACCCGCCACGCCCGCCAGCAUACCCGAUAUCAUCCUCACAGAUUACUCGGGCGAGUUGGACGCGGGCAUAUUCGGCGGCGAGGAAGCCCAGUUGCGUGCAGGUCUAGAUCUAGACGAUCUAACGUUAUUAGAGGAGCCCAGUGCAUUACUGCCAGAUUCGGCGGUCGAACACGAAUUCCGGUUAGACCGAUUGUAGUACCGAGCGUACCGAAAAACCGGUCUCGUAAUACACGUGAAUGAAAUACCCCGCUUUAUUACUAACGACUACGAGAGCUGUCGAUAUAUCACUCGUAAACAGAUCUGUCAAAAAGAAAAUUCAAAUCGAACUCUUUGAAAUGUUUCGAAAGUAAUAUGUGAUCGCCAUUGGAUGCUUUGAGAAAUUGCUACAACAUAUACAGAAUAGUCUUGCACCAAAUAAAAGACGCAGAACGUUUCUUAUAACAAUACGAAACAUCAAUAUGUAAUAU